AUGUCCUCUUCAAACCCACACCGUGAAGGCAAUGAAGACGCCUUCAUCGACGCCGAUGAAGCAGAGGAAAUCUUCACCCACGAUGAAGACCAUCCGAUGGACUCGGACAAUGAAGACGCCGACGGCGACCAGGAGAUGGCUUUCGAAGAGCAAGAAAUCACGCUUCAGAAUGACUCCGCCGCCCACUUUGACUUGCACAACGAUUCGAUCUUCUGCAUCGCCCAACACCCCAUCCACAAUGCCAUCGUCGUAACAGGCUCCGGUGACGACACUGCCUACGUCUUUGACUCAACACCGAACGCUGAGCGCCCUCUUUUACCUGCGAGCUACGAGUCAGACCCACAGCCGAGACGGGAGCGGGACUCGCUGCAACCGAUUGUGAAGAUGGACGGGCACACGGACAGUGUUAAUGCGGUUGCUUUUACAGAGCCGAGGGGCGAGUACAUUGUUACAGCUGGAUUGGACGGGCGGUUGCGUGCUUGGCGGGAUACUUCAGCACAGCAGGCGGGGACGUCCUGGGAAUUCGUUGCGGAGGCGCAGGAGGUUGAGGAGGUCAACUGGGUUGCCGUCUGUCCUGCUGGGAAUGGGGAUGAGGCGAAGGGAAAUGUUGUUGCGAUUGGUGGAAACGAUGGCAGUGCCUGGGUUUUCAGAAUCAACCACAAUGAUUCCUCGCAGCCGAUCUCGAUUGUUCAGAGUUUCUUCCAGCAUACAGGGCCUUGCACGGCGGGUGCUUGGACUCCUGAUGGAAACCUGCUCGCCACCGUCUCUGAAGAUGGCAGUUUCUACGUCUAUGAUGUCUUCGGUGCGGCGGCUGCGGCCGGUGUCUCUUAUUCCGCUGGUACCAGUGCUGUUGUCGGUUUGACCGCCGAGGACCAGCGAUUCGCCGUUGAGGGUGGUCUGUACUCAGUUGCCAUUUCGCCCGGUGGUGGUAUUGCGGCUGUCGGUGGUGCAGAGGGCCACAUCAAGGUUAUUGGAUUGCCUCGUCUGGGAUCUGCCAACGCCGCUGCGUCCAAGGCCAGGGGCAAGGGCCCUGCUACACAAACUUCUGCUGCUACGGCAGGAACCCUUCUCGCCUCUCUCCAACCACAAACCGACAGCGUCGAGACGCUUUCCUUCUCCGCUCCUCCAUUGACUCUCCUUGCCGCCGGUUCCGUUGACGGCUCAAUCGCCCUCUUCGACGCGGCUCAUAGAUUCGCUGUCCGCCGGCAUAUCCGGGAAGCCCACGAAGGCGCUGUGGUGAAGGUUGAGUUCUUGAAGAGCCGCGCGGAUGGUGCUCCGUUAGCUCGUCCCACUCCUCUAGCUUCUGCAGCCGCAGCCGCGAACCAGGGUCGACCAUGGCUCCUUACAUCCGUUGGAAUUGACGGCGUUGUGAGACGAUGGGAUGCCCGUGGAGGAACUGCUGCUGCUGCGCAUGGUCUUCUGAACGAGUGGAAGGGGCAUCUGGGCCUGACCGAGAACGACGAGGGAGAACAAGCAGGUGGUAUUAUGGGCUUCGUACAAGGCUUUGAUGGAAAGAGAGUCACAACAGCGGGUGAUGACGGCAUCUCAUUAGUUUUCGAGGAGUAG